GCGACCGUGCGUAAUUUUCCGGCGACCGCCGAGUCCGAGGCCCCACAUGUGGAACCUAAGCUCCCCGCAAAUAAGUAAAGUCCCCGUGAGCCCAUCUUUUUCAAAAUGAGCGGCGACGUUGAGCGCAUGCUGAUCCAGUUCCAGGAUGAGGCUGGUGAGGCUCUUGGAUCCCCCUUCGAUGUACCGUUAAAUAUAACCCCGGAUAAACUACAGCUGGUCUGCAACGCACUCCUACAAAAGGAAGAGCCAGUGCCGCUGCUGUUCUUCGUGGGCGAUGCGGAGGUGGUGUCAUCUUUGGGGACCUGCGUGCAAACGCUGGGUCUGGAGACGGAGCAGGUGCUGCCGGUGGUAUACCAGCCACAAGCUGUGUUCCGUGUGAGGGCUGUGGCCCGCUGUACCAGCUCUCUAGAGGGUCAUACCGAGGCUGUCAUCUCUGUGGCGUUCAGUCCUACUGGCAAAUACCUGGCCAGUGGGUCUGGGGAUACAACAGUGAGGUUCUGGGACCUGACCACAGAGACUCCUCAUCACACUGCCAGAGGACACACACACUGGGUUCUGUCCAUAGCCUGGUCUCCAGAUGGCAAGAAGUUGGCAUCAGGAUGUAAGAACAGUCAGAUUCUGCUGUGGGACCCGGUCACGGGGCAGCAGAUGGGGAAGGCAAUGACCGGACACAGUAAAUGGAUCACUUGGCUGUGUUGGGAGCCACUUCACCUGAAUCCAGAGUGCAGAUACUUGGCCAGCUCCUCUAAAGAUGGCUCCGUUCGGAUAUGGGACACCCUGCUGGGCCGCUGUGAUAAGAUUCUGACUGGCCAUACGCAGUCCGUCACAUGUGUUAAAUGGGGAGGGGACGGCCUCUUGUACUCUUCAUCCCAGGAUAGGACCAUUAAAGUCUGGAGGGCCAAAGACGGAGUUCAUUGUCGGACUUUGCAGGGUCAUGCUCACUGGGUCAACACGCUGGCCCUCAGCACUGACUACGUGCUCCGCACAGGAGCCUUCGAUCCCGCCACCGCUACCAUCAACCCCCAGGACCUUACUGGCUCGCUGGACGAGAUCAAAGGAAAAGCCCUGCAGCGUUAUAACAAUAUCAGAGGAAAGGAUCCUGAGAGGCUGGUGUCUGGUUCAGAUGACUUCACCCUGUUUCUGUGGAACCCAGCUGAGGAGAAGAAGCCUUUGGCUCGUCUGACCGGACACCAGGCUCUGGUCAACGAGGUGCUCUUCUCCCCUGACACGAGACUGCUUGCCAGCGCUUCUUUUGACAAGUCUAUCAAGCUCUGGGAUGGCAAGACUGGCAAGUACCUGACCUCACUCCGAGGACAUGUGGGGGCCGUGUACCAGGUGGCGUGGUCGGCAGACAGCCGCCUGCUGGUGAGCGGCAGCAGCGACAGUACGCUUAAGGUGUGGGACGUGAAGACAGGCAAGCUGAAUGUGGACCUGCCCGGCCACGCCGAUGAGGUUUUUGCAGUAGACUGGAGCCCUGACGGUCAAAGAGUGGCCAGCGGAGGGAAAGACAAGUGUUUACGGAUAUGGAGGAGGUAGCUGACACAGCCUCCAGUCCUCUGCCCUGCAUUUGUCAACCAAUCAGGUACCUAGUUUCCCAGCCAAUCAUAUGCCUUGUUGCCCCCCUUCGCUUUCAUCAUCCGGCGAGCCCAACCCUCAGGAUGACGAACAGCUGUGUCAUUUUGAGAAACGUUAACCUAAUCACCCAGUGCCCUUGCGUGCACUGCAUCACCUAAGAAGACCGAGUGCAACGCUUGUGUACACUGAUCUUGUGCCACAGAGGACCAGAGGAAGAGAAGUGCAAGAUCAGUCAUGGCAUCACAUCUUGGCUUAAUGAAACUGCAGUUACCUCAGUCAAGUGGGUCUUAUGAACUCACCACUGAUGAACUAAUCUAAUCUCUGUAAUCCCAUUCAUACCUACAGACACACCUUGUGAUUAAUUAAUCAUGGGGAAUGCACAGGGUAAUGGGGUCUAUUCUCUAGUGAGAUUUAUCCAUUAAGAUUAAACUAACUAUAUAUGUAGUAAAAUUGACAAGAUCCAUGUUGUUACUCUCUUCCGUGGAGCAAUUUUAGAAACUAAACAGUUAUCAGAUCAUUUGAUUCAAAAGCUUCAUUGUAGCAGUACUUAAGAAUGUAGUCAAAUCUGUGUUUUCCUCUGAAAUCUGACGAUGCCUACAGAUCUUUUUAAUCUUUGAGUCAUUGGCUAAUCCACUUAGGUAAAGAAAAAGACAAAAAAUGUAGCCCACAUAAAAUUGAAUUCUAAAUUCCAAA